AUGACGUCUGACUCAAAGAAAUUCAAGCAGCCAACACUGUUUGAGUUAGCGUUCGAUGGAGGCUACGGAGCACAAGAAUCAGGGAUGCGGAAUACACAAAGGCAACUGUCGCAAGAAUAUGUACAACCUGCGACGGCGACCCUCAGCAAAAGUCAACUACAGGAGCCGGAGGGUUUGCAAAGCAGUCUCCUUCAGAUUGCAAUUAGACAUACAAGAGAGCUAACUGCCGAUGACAAGUACCGUUUGCUAACUACCGUGCAAGACGACAUCCGGGAUGAUGAGUUGGACACAAGGUCAUUUCCUGCUGGAGAUUCUGAGGGUAAAAAGCGGAAGGUCAAGCAGAUUACAUUUCAAAGAAGGUGGCUUCGAGAGGAUAACUGGCUUCGCUAUGGUAAAUCAAGGGAUGACAAGGGAGGUUGGUGUCUACUGUUCAUUUUAUUUCUGACUCCUGAUGAGAUGAGAUCUCUUUACCUUGGCGUAUUCGUUAGAACCCCGUUUGUUAAUUACAACAAAUCCAAAGAGAUUCGUGGUAGACAUGCGACAACGGAAUAUCAUUCACGAGCUGUUGAUCGGGCGUACUACUUUAGGAUGCAUUAUUUCAAUCCUGAAGCAAGAAUUGACAACAGAAUGACAGAUAUUAAUGCCAGAAACUACAAAUUCAACUUAGAAGUUGUGCCUACCAUCGUUGAAGCUGUUAUUAUGCGUGGAAAGCAGAGGAUCGCCUUGCUGCUUGCUGGCACCAAUUCUUGCUUGGAUCAGCAUCUCAGGACUGGACCUGCAAAUGCAAAGUACAUCAGUAAAAACAUUCAGAACGAAAUAUUAGAGAUUGCUGCUGACCAGAUUCGAGAUUUCUACAGAGAAUGCUUGAGGGAAUGUGCACACUUUUCAGUUGUAGCAGAUGAGGUUACAUCUCAUGGGCGAGAGAUAUUGUCAGUUUGUUUACGGUUCUUAGAAGUUCAAAAGCAUAAGAUUGACAUCAGGAAUUGUCGAGGACAAGCGUAUGAUACAACCAGUUCAAUGAGCUCAUCCAGUGUGCAAGCGCAUAUCAAACGUGUGGCACCUGAUGCAGAUUAUCAAGGCUGCUGCUUGCACAGUCUGAAUCUAGUAAUAUGCAAGUCGUCACAAAUAACGGCAAUUAGGAACAUGUUUGACAGUUGCCAGCAAGCAUACCUAUUUUUCCAUAACUGUCGCAAACGACAGAGAUUUCUGGAACACGUUAUUAGCUGUCAGUGCCCAGCUACCAAGAAGACAAAAAUCAAUGGUUUGUGCAAGACGAGAUGGCCAAGCAAUUGUGAUAAACUUUAUCCUGAUGGAAGCAACUGGAAAUGGGAUUCAGAAACACGAACUGCUGCAAAUGGCUUGAGGUACACAUUUGUUGGAUUUGAGCACAUUGUAGUUUUCAUACUUGUGAAGCAGCUUCUUGAACCCAUACGUCCUAUUGCAGAGUGUCUGCAAGCAAGGUUGCAAGAGUUGUACUUUGGCUUCAAGAAAGUUGACGAAGUUGUCCAAUUUUACAAAAGGAUUCGAAACGAUGUGGAUGUAGAGCAUAACCGAAUAUACGCUAAAGCCAAGAAGCUAGCCGCUGAUAUUGGAAGUGAUGAAGCAAUGCCACGCAUCAUGAAGAGAAAGCAGACAAGAGCAAAUCCUACUGUGUUGUUGCCUUAUGAUUACUGGAGAGUAACACUGACAAUUCCGUUUUUGGACUCCAUCCUUUCUGAACUUGAGUCUAGAUUUGCAAGCGAUAAAAGAGCACACUUUGAACUCUGUGUUUUAGUACCAGAAGUCAUUGCCAAGAAUGAAAGUUUAGAAGAAACGGUAGGAAUUUUGACAUCUGAUGCCAACAGAGGAUAA